AUGGAUCAUACCGUAGCAACGCCUAGUCGUCCCUUAAAUUUGGUUAUUUUUUGCAAAACUUUGGCCUGUCUGCAGCAUGAGAACCGACCCGGCCGAGGUUUCUUUGCACAUUCUACUGAGCCUGUUGACGGUCAGGGCGUAGGGGCUGGGUGGGUAUUAGGACCCGUUGAAACUUCAAAACUCAUGCCAACGAGGUGUGAGACGGUCUGGAGACAGUCACUUUACCUGUAG